AUGCCUGGUGUGACUGUGUUAUCACCUUCCUCAGCUCUCGGACUCCGUCUGCCCUUGAAAUUUGCACCUAUGCAAAAUGGACUGAGCACCCACCAUGACACCGUUGCGCAGAUCAAGGAGGCUGCAAAGGAACAAGCUCAGAAAGUCCGCGGUGCAUCUGCCAUCUCCCUUCUCAAGUCUGCACGCGGUCAGAUCCAGCUCGCACAAGCACUCGAGCGCGAUGGCAACCUCAAGGGCGCUCUCAGUGCCCUUACCAAGUCUGCCGCGUUGGCACAGAUGUUCAUGGACUCCGCCGAGUUCAAGCAGGAAGCGCAGCCGGGCAAGAUGGGUGUCCUCGUCAAGGACUUCCUCGACUUUCAGAACCAUGAGGGCCAAGAUCUCACAGGCAAGAUCCAGGCUGUAGAGACCAAGUUGCUAGAUGGGGAGCGGUCGUCUUCACAAGUCGAUGAUGCUGAAAGCGACGUGGAACCCGCGCAGCGCACUGGCGGCAGCAUUGCAGACCGCAUGCGCGCGCUCCAGACCGCCGGACUGUCCGUCUCCUCGACCAAGCGGCUGUCCCGCGAGCUCUCCCCCGCGCCGUCGCCUCUGUCGCCGGACAUGGCGCGGCCGAACCGAGCCUCUCUGCAGAGCCUGUCCUCGCAGCUGGCGAGCUUGCCAAGCCUGACGACGUCCAGUCUGUCUCCCGUCGCAGCAAGUUCGUCGGCGGCGUCGGCGGCGUCGCCGCACGCGCUCGUCCCAACCUCCAGUCUGGGCCCACCGUCUCCUCCCUCGUCGACAUCGUCUUCCCCACGCCUGUCGCAUUUCAAUUUGGCCGAGUUCGCAUCCCAGUUCCCGUCUAUCGACGAGCUCGACGAGAUGGACGGGCUGAAGCUACCGUCUGUGCCCACAGGCACGGGCAGCGCGAGCUCGCGCGCCUCCAGCAAGCACUCGGACCCGGAUUUGCGCGGGGAGCGCUCACUGUUCUCGCCCCCGAGGGCGUUCCCGCUCCUCCCCAUGGACCCCGGCCCCCGCCCGUCGAGCACGCCCAUCCCUCCCACGAUAGACACGUUCAUCAGCCGCCCCGCAUCGCCCGCGCCCUCGUGGUCACCCCGCUCCCCGCCGUCGGUCCCCCGCAAACCGUCUGGACUCGCGCUCGGCGGCCGCUCGCCCGUCAUGGGCCCGACGACACCUCCGACCGCGGAAAGAUCCGAGACACCGAUCUCGACGCUGUUCCCCAAGACGCUCUUGGAGCUCAACGCCAAGCCGAAUUACAAGGUGCUCGUAUUGGAUGUGCGAACCCGCGCGGAGUUCGAGCAGGAGCACGUCAAGGUCGACGCGGUGGUGUGCAUAGAGCCGUCGGUGCUCUUGCGGGACGGGAUCACUGCCAAGGGUAUCGAAGAUUCGCUCACUGUCGCGCCCCGGCACGAGUGGGCGCUGUUCAGCAACCGUGACAAGUUCGAUUUUGUCGCGGUGUACGACGACAAAUCGGAGACGUUUGGCCCGCCGAGUUCCCCGUUGUCGAUAUUCGUCCGGGCGAUUUACGAGGUGGCGUUCUCAAAGUACCUGAAACAUCCGCCGAUGCUGCUCGUCGGGGGUUUGCAUGCGUGGAAGCGAGAAUUUGGGGACAGAGAACUAAUUCAGGGCGCCUCGGGAUCGUCAUCGGUCGCGCGGAGUGUCUCAGGCAUGCCGAACGGGCUGGCAUCUCCCAGCGCAAAUGGAGUAAUUGCUCCCGUACCUUCUUUAGCUGAGAGUUUGCCUCCCACCCUUAGCCAUACGCGAUUACCAGCGGAGUCCACGAGUACUACGGUUUCUGCGACCGCUAACCAUGAUAUGGACAGCGUCUCGUUCGGACGACAUAGAUCAGGGACAGAGCCAGCACCGUCGUACGAGCAACACUCUCGCAGGCUAUGGGUACGGAGUAGGCGGGAUGGUCAUCUCGCUGGAGUGGCACGACGAUCGCCCGCGGCUGAUAUACCAGAGUGA